GCCAACACUAGAGUUUUCAGAAAAGUACAUUCGCCAGUCGGAGUGCUAAAUUAGCAGAAGUACCAAAGCUAGAGAAAAAGCGACCGGUGGUUUUUUGGCUCAAGUCGAGAAGCAGCACUCCCGCAAUCGCGUUUCUUUCCCCGGCUAAAACAACCCGGCCAGCACAGCAAGAAGAUGACGUACGAACCGAAGACAGCCCCGUUCGAUCCGCGUUUCCCGAACCAGAACCAGACUAAGUACUGCUACCAGAGCUACCUGGAUUUCCACCGCUGCGAGAAGGUCAAGGGCCAGGGUGACCAGGUGUGCAAGUACUUCAAGAACGUCUACUCCUCGAUGUGCCCGAACUCGUGGGUGGAGAAGUGGGACGGUCAGCGUGAUGAGGGCACCUUCGCCGGCCAUAUCUAAGAUGGAAAGGAUGCAGUUGUAGUAGCGCACCACCGUCCCGAACUUUGCCGUCCGCUAGCCGGGCGACGAAAGGGGCGAAACGCUCACACUUUCCUUAGUAAAAACACAACAAGUUCAAUGAUUCGGAAUAGUAGGGUGCCACAACAUCAUGUGCACUGAGGCAGAAGAAGGAAAUUAAAUAAAACCAAUAUUACAAAAAAGAACAGUACUGUUAA